AUGACUCCCUCUUUCGUCCUGGGCUUUGCUGCCGCAGCGCUCGUGCUGCAUAUCAUCCGUUUACUGUUUGUCUCGUGGCAGCAAUCGCGCAAGGCCAAGAGCUUGGGCUGUGCUGCUGUGCCGCUGUACCCAUGUAAGGACCCGCUGGGAAUCGGCAACCUCAAGGAGUCGCUCGCCGCCGACCGCGAGAACACCCUCCCGGAGCUGGCUAUGAACCGUGUGACGGCCAUUAGCGAAAAGGAAAAUCGCUACGUCACGACCUUCAUUUUACGCAAUCUCGGCCGCAACAAUAUCUUCACUAUCGAUCCGAAGAACAUUCAGGCGCUACUGGCGACUCAGUUCAAGGAUUUCGAGCUUGGGGCAGCUCGGCACAUUAGCCUACACCCGCUGCUGGGCACAGGAAUCUUCACAGCCGACGGAGAGGAGUGGUCGCGGUCUCGCUCGUUGCUGCGCCCUCAAUUUACUCGCGAGCAGAUCAGCCAGCUUGACCUAGAGGAAGACCAUGUUCAGAAGGCGAUGGAGGCACUCCCCGUGGCGGCGAAUGGGUGGACCGCUAGCACCGAUAUUCAGACGGUAUUCUUCCGACUAACCAUUGACUCCGCUACUGAGUUUCUAUUUGGCGAAAGUAUAGAGAGCCAGAUGGGUGCAUUGCGCGGCCUCAACCGGCCCGAAGAUAAGUUCGCUUCAUUCUUUGACUAUUCUCAGUGGGUUGCGGCGCAGCGGACCCGGUUUGAGAAACUCUCCUGGAUUGUUAAUAGCAAGAAAACCCGCCAUUCGGAUAAGCAGGUGCACGAGUUUGUGGACAAAUUUGUUAACAAUGCGCUGGCUGCCGUGAAAGCCGGCAAGAAGGCACCUGUGGACGAGGAGAAGCCCGCGAGCUACGUCUUCCUAGAUGCACUAGUGUCUAUGACACAUGACCCGAUCGAGCUUCGCUCGCAACUCCUGAAUAUCCUCCUGGCUGGCCGCGACACUACCGCUUCCCUACUUAGCUGGACCGUCCUAAUGCUAGCGCGCCACCCAGACGUCUUCCGCAAACUCCGGGAAACCAUCAUCUCUGAGUUUGGCACGUACUCUACGCCCCAGAACAUCACCUUCGCCGCUCUCAAGUCCUGCCAGUACCUACAAUAUUGCAUUAACGAAACCCUGCGUAUCUACCCAGUGGUCCCUUUCAACCGGCGCUCUGCCACUCGCGAUACCUCCCUCCCACGCGGGGGUGGCCCAGACGGUCUUUCCCCCGUCUUCAUCCGGAAGGGUCAACAUGUUAUGUAUAGUACGCACGUCAUGCAACGCCGCAAGGACAUCUGGGGGCCUGAUGCCGACGAGUUCAAGCCUGAGCGAUGGGCCAACCGCAAGCCUGGCUGGGAUUACAUUCCCUUCAACGGCGGUCCGCGCAUCUGUAUUGGUCAGCAGUUCGCGCUUACGGAGGCGGGCUAUGUCCUUGUGCGUCUGUUGCAGCGCUUCGAUCAGAUCGAGGACGUCAAUCCGGACCGGCAGAUCCGCGCUGGGUUGACCCUGACAAGCUCCCCGGCCGAUGUAGUGACGGUCCGCCUGCACGAGGCAACGGAUGCUUCUGUAGGGAACUAA